AUCUGAUUAUGAGCAGCGGCUUGAACAAAUACAAGCUUGUUUUCCUCGGAGAGCAGGCCGUCGGGAAGACCUCUAUCAUUACUAGGUUCAUGUACGAUACCUUCGACUCCAAUUAUCAGGCCACUAUUGGCAUCGACUUCCUUAGCAAGACGAUGUACCUUGAGGACCGUACUGUUAGACUCCAGCUUUGGGAUACUGCUGGCCAGGAGCGCUUCCGGUCUCUUAUUCCUUCCUACAUUCGGGAUAGCAGUGUAGCUGUUGUGGUGUACGAUAUCACCAACAAGGCAUCCUUUAUGAAUUGUGAGAAGUGGAUCGACGAUGUCCGUACGGAGAGGGGUAAUGAUGUCAUUAUAAUGCUUGUGGGCAACAAGACAGAUUUAGCCGACAAACGACAGGUUUCUACGGAAGAGGGAGAGCAGAAGGCUAAGGAGCAGGGCGUUAUGUUUACCGAAUGCAGUGCUAAGGCUGGGUACAACAUUAAGGCCUUAUUCAGGAAGCUUGCUGCUGCCUUACCUCAAUCCAAUGAUCAAGGUGCUGGUCAGCAAGGGCAGAAUCAGAUCGUUGAUAUUCAGCUGAACGCUAGUAACUCUGAGCCUGAGGAGCACGCUAGGAAAUGUGCAUGUUAAUAUCCUCGUGGGUAAUGCGACGGCAGUUUUUGGUCUCAACGGAAGCGCCAAUCGGGUAUGCUGUUAAGAAGAUCUGCUUCUCUUCGUGUAUUAUCGAUCACUACUCUCCACCAUCUAACGGCC